CAACUUCCCACAAAGAUGCCGCGUAGCUACGCCUCCCUCGCAGACCAAAGCGUAUUUCCCUCCAUUUCGGAUCUUCCUGGAGACUAUACCUGUCCUGAAACUGGCGGCGGUGUUUUCGGAUGUCUACUCGUGGAGAUCGUCAGUAUCGAACGGAUCACGCGACUUGUGCUGAGAACGUUCGAUAGGGCCGACUCACCUGUCACUGUGGCCUUUUACACGGGUGAUCGAGGCAGAUCCAUCGAGAAUGAUCCAAAAUUGAAGCCCGGAAAUACUAUGGCUAUCUUGUUUCCUAGGCGUCAUCUCUUUCUCGAUGGUACUGUGGGUGUUCGGCAGGAGCACUAUGGAUAUUUCAAGUUUUUCCCUGGCAAUAUGAAAGUGCUCUUCCAGCUGAGCGACGAGAUGAGGUGUUGGCCGGCGAGGUUUGCCACACACAAGAAGUGUCAUGGCUGUGGGAAGAAGGAUAAGCCUCUUUUGAGAUGUGCAAAGUGUGGUGUGGUUACGUAUUGUGAUAAGGUGAGCAGUAUAAGCUAUGAUAAUCAGACCCUGUACGAACUUAACCUCACCGUUAUCCCAGCCACCUGUGGAGCCACACAAGGCGCCAUGCCGACCGCGGAUAAGCGGGGGGGAUUGCCGCCCCCAGACCGAGGUUAG